AUGGCGAUGUUCGUCUACGCCUGCGGCAGCCUUCCCCUCAUCCAUGCCCUGCGGGCUGCCUGCGGUGAGGAGGGAUAUGAGAUGCCGUCGAGUGAGGCAUGGGAUGAGUCAGGCAGCGAUGGGUCUGGGUCAGACAUAGACGAGAACAAAAACGCGCCAUCAGAAGCGCAAGAGAGGCCAGAAGACAGUGACACGCCACCAGAAGCAGAGGGGGAUGGUCGCCCACUAUGUGUGUGUUCUGAUGUAGAAGGUGUUGGAGUUGGUGAGGAGGAGAGUUUGUCGGCCUCGUCAGCCCCGUCGGCCUCUUCAUCUAGCGCUUCGCUGCGGCAGUGCUGGUAUGCGGAUGACUCGUCGGCGCUCGGCAAACUUCACGGCAUCCUCGUGUGGUUUCGAGCCCUGCGUCGCAUCGGUCCCUCAUACGGCUAUCACCCAGAGACCGCCAAGUCCUUCCUCGUCGUCAAACCCGAGCUCGAGCAGAUCGCAAGGGAACUCUUCGAGCCCGAGGGGGUGCAGAUCGUCACGGGCAAGAGGUUCCUGGGCGGCUACGUGGGCGAUGAGGGGGGAAGGGCGGCGUUCCUCUGCGAGAAGGUCGAGGGGUGGGUGCGCGGCGUGCGCGCGCUCACGUCUGCUGCCCGCAACUUCCCACACACGGCCCACGCGGCAAUGACGAGGUCUCUGCAGAUGGAGUGGGACUACGUCUUUCGUGUCGUGCUCACCGACGAGUGCGCUCUCAGCCCCCUCCGCGAGGCCAUCGCCAAGGAGCUGCUGCCGGCCCUCCUCGGCGGCCCUGUGACGCCGUCCGAGGUCGACCUGAUGCUGCUGCCUGCCCGGCAUGGCGGCACCGGCAUACGUGACCCUCUCGACCGUGCCGCAGCCGCCUACCCCGCUUCCCGCGCGAGCACCAAGGUGGUCUCCAAGUCCGUCCAAGGCAAGGCUCCGUUCCACCCUGGCGACCAUCGUGCCACCAUCCGCCACGCCCUCACCCGGAGCAAGCAGCAGCAGGACGUCGCCCACAAGACCAAGAGGGAGGCCGCCCUGCCGCACAUCGACCGCCGGCGCCAUCGCGUCCUCUCCCGCAGCGCCGAGUACAAGACGUCCGGCUGGCUGACCACCCUCCCGUCGACAGACAACAACA